AAGUACCGUGUUCAGCCUCCACCACUCCACUUGGUUGCACACCGGCUUUGGCACAGCGAAUCGUCCUUUCCGGCUCACACAUCCGAAUGAUUAUCAAUGGCCUUAUUCACAUCGACCUGGAUUUGUGUACAUCAUUGCCUGUACACACAUGAGGACUAUGACCUGGUCUAGCCCCAAUUUUCGUUUGAUAUAAAUGAGCAUAGCCGAUCACUGGCAAGAGAGCUGGAGUUCUUGUGAUAAAUACCCUUGUGAUCGAACGCCUUCUGGCAAUACCUGAUUGCACACAUCCAGGGAAAGACAUCAAGUCGACAUCAUGUCUGUACAAACACUGAACAUCAACGGUCGGGAAGUCAAGUUCAACACAGGCUUGUUCAUCGGUGGCGAGUUCGUCAAACCCAAGGAUGGCAAGACGUUUCCAGUCGAAGAUCCUAGGACAGGAAAGACCAUCAUCGAAGUGUCAGAAGGCUCGGCUGACGAUGUUGACAUCGCCGUCAAGGCCGCUCGCAAGACUAUGAACGAUCCAGCAUGGACUGACUUGAAUCCUGCAGCUCGUGGCCAAUUCUUGCUGAAGCUUGCGGAUCUUAUGGACAAACACUUCGAUGAUAUCCUUGCGAUUGAAAUGCUCGAUACUGGAAAGACAAAAAAGCAAGCCGCAAAUCUUGACCUACCCGGCUCAACUGGCACUCUUAGAUACUAUGCCGGCUGGGCCGACAAGGUUCUUGGUGUUGCGUCGUCCAACGUCCCUGGCACAUUCGCAUAUACCAGAAGAGAGCCAGUCGGUGUCUGCGGACAGAUCAUUCCCUGGAACUUCCCGCUGUUGAUGUUUAUCUGGAAGAUUGCACCAGCGAUCGUAACAGGGAAUUGCGUUGUCAUCAAGUCAGCCGAAACAACACCUCUGAACGCCUUAUACAUUUGUGGUCUGAUCAAGGAGGCCGGCUUUCCGCCUGGUACCAUCAACCUUGUGUCUGGCUAUGGCAAGACCGUCGGCGCCGCAAUCGCAAAGCACAUGGACAUCGACAAGGUCGCCUUCACGGGAUCAACAGCCACUGGCCGUGCUGUUCUUCGUGCAGCAGCAGACUCCAAUCUUAAAAAAGUCACACUCGAACUUGGCGGCAAGAGCCCCAAUAUCGUCUUUGCGGACGCCGACCUUGAGAAGGCUGUCAAGUGGAGUGCAUGGGGCAUCAACAUGAAUUAUGGUCAGACCUGUCAUGCUGGUACUCGCAUCUAUGUGCACGAAGACAUCUACGACAAGUUCACUGAAAUGUUCACCGCACGGAUGAAGGAGGUAGUCAUAGGAGACAACUUCGAUGAGAGCACAGACCAAGGCCCACAGAAUUCAAAACUCCAGCAUGACAAGAUCAUUGGAUAUCUGGAAGCUGGACAGAAAGAAGGCGCUACUGUAGCUCUGGGCGGCAAGGCGCACGAAGCUCCAGGCGGUGGAUACUUCAUCCAACCCACCAUCUUCACAAACGUGACGCCUGAGAUGAAGAUUGUGAAGGAAGAGAUUUUCGGUCCUGUGGUUACCGUGACAAAGUUCAAGACUGAGGAAGAGGUGCUUGAGCUGGCGAACGAUACCACAUAUGGUCUGGCAGCGGGUAUCCAUACUAACGACUACCAGCGUGCGAUCAGGGUGACUAACAAGCUGAAGGCGGGCACAGCGUGGGUCAAUAUGUUCAACUUUGUCCACUGGAGCAUCCCGUUCGGUGGGUAUAAGCAGAGCGGCCUCGGGCGCGAGUGCGGUGAGGCGGCAUUGGAGAACUAUACCGAGACGAAAGCAGUGUUCUUCAACAUGGGUGUUGAUGCACCGCAGUAGCGGGUGGCAGUAGCUUCAGUCGCAAUGCAAAGUGGUAACCU